GGUUGUUGUGUUCUUUGAAUGUGUAAAACUACUCUUUGUUCUAUGGAUUACACAAAGGUCAUGGCGUCGUAUUGAUGAGCUGUUAUGAAUUUUUUUAUAAAUAAUGUGGCAGGCCAAAUUAUCUCUCGUUUGCUAAGUGUACAAGAUAUGGUUAAUUAAGUGAAUUCCUGCGUGUGAAUAUGAUGGUGAAUACCUGGGUGUAAUCAUGAUGGUUAAGUGUAGACAGAUUUAGGGCAUUUGUGUACUGUAUUCUCUUUACGUUUGACGUUACUUGGUUGUGAGCUACAGUUGAAAAUGAGCACAAAAACAAAGUCAAAGAAUAAACAAAAAAUUGUGUGCAAAUCAGAAAGUUCAGAAUCAAGCUCUGAAGAUCAGAAAGAUAAGAGCAGUAGUUCUGAAUCUUCAGAACUAGAAGAGGAAGUAGUUUUAAAGAGAGUGAAGAAACAGAAACGAAGGCACAGGCACCGUGUCGAACCGGCCCACAGUCCGGAAGAAGAGGACCAGAAGCACCGCAGACGGCACAAACACCGGAAGAAAGAGGAAACUGAGGACUGCGAUGCGGAGCUUAAAUAUGAACACGCACAGCGCAAGCGUCGUCGGAAAAGAGAGGUUUAUUACGAAAGUGUAGUGGAUUCUAUUAAGCAGGAGCCGGUGGAUGAGGUGGUCUCCGUCCAUCGGAGCAUCAAGCGACAUAGAUCUCCUGACAGUAAUGCAAGCCAUCGGCACCGAGACUCGAGCAGCGAUGUUCGGCCGGAGAAGCACAGGCGGUCGGACCAAGAGGACCACAGACGGUCGGACCAAGGAGACCACAGGCGGUCGGACCACGACCACAGGCGGCUGGAACACGACGCUCACAGACGACCGGAGCCGGACGACCACGAGCGGCCGGACAGGAGGAAGCAGCCCGAGGAAAAGUCACGCCACCGCCCCGGGAAUAGGGAGCCAGGCGAGCAUCGCGAAGACGGGGCGCAGCGCAACGGGAGGGCGCGGAGAGACCGGAUGAAGGAGGAGGUCGCAGAAGGAGACUACGAGUGGGGGAAGCAGGCGGAGAAGAAGGAAGAGGGCAAGAACUCUCUGGCAGCGGAGAAGGAGAAGCCCAACUUCGGCCUGUCCGGCAAGUUGGCAGAAGAGACCAACACGUUCAAGGGUGUGGUCCUGAAGUACAGCGAACCGCCGGAGGCUCGCAAGCCGAAGAAGCGAUGGCGCUUGUAUCCGUUCAAGGGGGAGAAAUGCUUGCCGACGUUGUACGUGCACAGGCAAAGCGCGUACCUGAUCGGGAGGGACCGGAAGAUCGCGGACCUGCCGGUCGAUCACCCCUCCUGCUCGAAGCAGCACGCCGUGUUCCAGUACCGCCUCCUGCCGUACACCCGCGAUGACGGCUCCACCGGCCGCAGGAUCCGCCCGUACAUCAUCGAUCUCGACUCGGCCAACGGCACGUUCCUGAACAACGUGAAGAUAGAGGCGCGCAAGUACGUGGAGGUUCUGGAGCGGGACGUCAUCAAGUUUGGGUUCAGCUCUCGGGAGUACGUGCUGCUUCACGAGCACAGCAAGGACGAUGAUGCAGACGAGGACGUGACCGAAGAGCAGACCGUGGAGGAAGUCUCACAGCCGUGAGUUGCGUCCCCAGGACAAGUGAGUGUUUCUCGUGUUAUUCUGAAACUGGAGUGCUUUUUGCUUUACCGAACACUUGAAUAAUGAAGCACGCAAAACAGUUCAGUCUUGAAAACAACUGCUGAUGUCUCCACCUUCUUCUUGAAUUUACAUCAGUGGCUAUGAUCAGUUUUAUGACCUUAAACGUUGCAUAGGAUCAGGUAUUAUGUUUGCAUUUUUUCCAUAUGAGUUCUUAUGUUGGGUAUAUUUAAAAAAAAUAGAUAAUUGAAUAAUUUUUUAGAAUUAUUGUAGAUGCUGUAUAUUAUGCCUUUUGGUAAAUGUUCCACAAAAUCAUUUUAUUUAUGGUCGGAUGUAAUGCUGUAUAUCUAGAAUUAGAAUGAUUGUGCAGUCUCUCAGGGAGAAUUAAAAAAUGAUGUGUAAGAAAUUGAAUAUACACUGGGUUUUGUAUGGAUGUUAUUAUUAUGAACAGUUUGUGCAGAAAAUUUUUGGUAUUUUGAUACACAACCCAGCUCUAUUAAAUUACUGUAAGAAAAUUGUUUUUACUGUAUAACCUUGGUAUGACAUCAUCUCUCAAAAGCAAAGUAUAUAUUUUUUUCUGUAACAAAUAAGUAUUGCUAUUUCUAUGCCAGUGUACAUUCUUUUCAUUAAUCAUAUAUUGAAUGAAUUGGUAUGUAUUCUGCUCAGAGCAGGCAAAUACUUAUAAUAGUAUCUUUGUCUUACAUCAUUUGGAAGUGUUUUAUAUUAUAGUUUCAGGAAUAAGAUGUGUUUGCUUCAGGUUUUGUUUCUGAAAAUUACUGCCAUUUAUGCCUAAAAUUUGAAAAGUAAAAGUGUUAAAUUUAUUGAAUUAUUUCAUUUGCAAGCAUUGAUUUUUUUUUGUGUGUAACUAAUUAAAUAAACUUUUUUGGGAUGUAUGUGUGUACUAUUUUU